UCUCUCUCUACUUAGCUUCUUAGAUAUACUUCAUCCUCUUUCUUCUCAUUAGCUUCUACCAACUUUGCAAGUUGCAAUAUCCACUUCAAAGUUCAAACCAUCAACUCAUCAGGCACCCACUUUUCCUUGAGGCAUAUUCUGCUAACAGCUGUUGCAUCAAAUUGGUAGAGAUAUUCAUAAAUAAAACAUGUUGAAGCAAUUACCUAAUAGGAAUCAGAGGACAAAAGGGUUCAAGUUAAAACAAGGUUUCAAAAUAUUGACUUUGAUUGCUCUUGGAAUCUGGUUGCUUUACCAACUCAAACACUCGCAUGAUAAGAAGAAGCCAUAUGAGGAAAGCUCAUCAAAAACACUUGAAAAGCUUGGAAGAAAAGGGUUCCAGUUCCAGCCAUGGAUAAAUAAACCACCCCAAUUGAUAGAUGAUACAAAAUCUCAAAGGGUAAAGGAACAAAGUAGUGGUGGGGAUGAUGAUAUUGUGGGACAUGAUCGAGAUAGAGUGGAAGAGGAAGAACCUGAGGAAGUAGAAGACCUGAUUGACCAAGAAGAUAAGGAGAAGGAGGAGGAAAAUGAAGAUGAAGAUGGUGAAGACAUGGUAAAACAAAUCGAAGAUUUGAGCUUAUUAGAAGAUCAAGGCCAUAAUGAAGGUGAAAAGGACACACAAGAAACAAGUGAGAUACAUUAAGUUUCUGAAUUUGAAUUUGGAGGUUUAAGAAAACCAAAAGAAGAAGACUUAGAAAAUUAGCAGAAGAAAAUCAUGGACCCAAGCGAAGUUAUUGUGCACAGCAAUGAUUCAGGUCCUAAAGUGGUGGCCAAUGUUACAAGCUUUUAAAUGUUCUUUUAGCUGAGGAAUUUAGAAAGUUAGAUACCAAUGCUAUGCCAAAUAGGAUUAAAGGGUCGAUGAGAUUUUUUAAUAUGUGAAUACUGAAUAG